AGCACGCUGAUCACACACACGGAGUUCCAGUGCCGCGGCAGAGCCAGAGCGAGCAAGAAGCUUAGGCGCGCGGCGAUGGAGAUGGUCCUGGACUGGCGCGCGCUGGGCUCCCUGCUCGCGACGCUCAUGGUGUUCCGCACUGCCGUGCGGGACUUCCUGCCGCCGGAGGCGAAGGCGUGCCUGCGCCGCCUCCUCGCGCGGGUCGCCGCCGCGCUCCGCCCGCCCAGGGGCACCGUCCUCAUCGACGAGGCCGACGGCGCCAGCGGGGGCGCCAACGACCACUACGACUCGGCGCAGCUCUACCUCGGCGCGCGCUGCCUCGCCACGGCGCCCGCCGUGCGCCUGCACAAGCCGCGCCACUCGCCCCGCCCCGUCGCCUCGCUCCCGGACGCGCACGCCACGCACGACGUCUUCCGGGGCGUCCGCAUCACGUGGACCUCCACCGCGCGCGCCGUCGAGCGGGGCGGCGGGCACGGCCCGUACGGCGCGUUUGGCCGCGGCGGCGGCGACCAGCGCACCCUCGAGCUCCAGUUCCCGCGCCAGCACCGGGACCUCAUCCACGACCACUACAUCCCGCACCUCAUCGCCGAGGCCGCCAGGAUGCGGCUCAAGUCGCGGGAGCGCAGGCUCUACACCAACCGCGCCACGGGGCCCGGCGACGACCACCACCGCCUCUGGAGCUCGCACGCCUUCGCGCACCCGUCCACCUUCGACACGCUCGCCGUCGACCCGGCGCUGCGCGAGGAGAUCCGCGCCGACCUCCUCCGCUUCGCCGCGCGCCGGGACCACUACGCGCGCGUCGGCCGCGCCUGGAAGCGCGGCUACCUGCUCCACGGCCCGCCGGGCACGGGCAAGACCAGCCUCGUCGCCGCGAUCGCCAACCUGCUCGAGUUCGACGUCUACGACCUGGAGCUCACCACGGUGCCCACCAACUCCCACCUCCGCCGCCUGCUCGUCUCCACCACGCCCAAGUCCGUCGUAGUCGUCGAGGACAUCGACUGCUCCCUCGACCUCUCCGACCGCAACAAGAAGAAGAAGGGCGUCGGCGGCGGCACCGACAAGGAGACCGCGGCGCAGCUCGCCAUGGUGUCGCCGGCCGCCGCGGCGGCCAUGGCGGCGGCGGGGCGCGAAUCCAUAAGUCUCUCCGGGGUGCUCAACUUCGUGGACGGCCUCUGGUCGUCCUGCGUCGGCGAGCGGCUGAUGGUGUUCACGACGAACCACCCGGAGCGGCUGGACCCGGCGCUGCUCCGCCCGGGCCGCAUGGACCGCAAGAUCGAGCUCGGCUACUGCACGGCCCCCGCGCUGCGCGUGCUCGCCAAGAACUACCUCGGCGUCGGCGACGAGGGCUGCGAGGACGCCGACGCCGACGCCGACCCUGGCGCGGUGACCAGCCUCAUGGCCGAGGCGGAGGGCCUGCUCGCCGCCGCCGCGGUGCGCAUCACGCCCGCCGACAUCGCCGAGGUGUUCAUGGGCUGCGACGGCGCGGGCGCCGCCGCCGCCCUGAGGAAGCUCGUGGACGAGCUGCGGCGGAGGCGUGACGGUGCGGCGGCCGCAGCAGUGGCGCCGGACGAAUCCGCGGAGGACACGACGGAGUGAUCGAAGCCUGGGAUCAUCGUACGUGGCGGCGCGACGAUGAUGCAUGGCUGCCUCGUCAGCUUUUCACUAGCUUGAUCGAUGCUGCUGAGCUGAUGGUGGAGGUGGUUUAGCUGUUAGGAUCGGAGUAUGACGGGGCACUGCGUCUGUCUGUACGUGCUGGUGUUGUGUAGAUAGGGUGCUUCUUUGUUUGCCUCACGUUUGUGUUGGGUUGGUUGUGUAUUGUGUUAUGCCGCAAGCAUGCAUCUUUGGCAAUGGAUGCUGAUCAACCAGGCAACCAAGCAGGAUGACGCAUAUGGACAUGACAGAGCUCGUUCAUUGCAUGAUCCAA